AUGUCAGACUUCAACUCAACCGAAAAGCUCAAGGAGUUUCGAGUUACUGAACGCUCUGUUCAUUCAAGCCCUAGUCUCUCGGCCAGGGACGACAAGUCACUCCCAUCGCCUUCUUCAAACUCGAUCAACCUCGAAAGCCAAACACCGACCCCACCGCCGUAUCAUGUUUUCCCACGCUCGCGCAAGCUCCAGAUGGUUUGCAUCGUCUCCCUCGCUGCCAUCUUCUCUCCGUUGUCUUCCAACAUUUACUUUCCUGCGCUAGGAGAGAUAUCGAGGGAGCUCAACAUUUCCAUGUCUCUGACUACCCUGACCGUCACUGUCUACAUGAUUGUCCAAGGCUUAGCCCCGAGCUUUUGGGGAUCUUUUUCUGAUGUCGUCGGCCGACGUGUGAUAUUUAUUGGAACUUUUGUGGUGUAUAUCAUUGCCAACAUUGCCUUGGCAGUGUCCCAGAACUAUGGCGAGCUCAUGGCCUUCCGUGCUUUGCAGGCUGCCGGCAGUGCGGCAACUAUCUCAAUCGGCGCUGGUGUCAUCGGUGAUAUUACCACCUCUGCGGAGAGGGGCGGCCUAGUUGGAAUUUUUGGCGGAGUUCGCAUGUUGGGUCAAGGAAUUGGCCCCGUCUUUGGUGGAAUAUUGUCGCAGUACCUGGGCUUCCGGUCCAUCUUCUGGUUCUUGGUUAUUGUGUCUGCAAUUAGUUUGCUCUCGAUCCUGUGCUUUCUUCCCGAAACCCUCCGCACAAUUGCCGGCAACGGCACCGUUCCUCUCCAUGGUCUUCAUAAACCAUUCAUCUACACCAUCACCGGACAGAAGGAUGCGCAGGAAGGUGCCGUUCCCUCGGGAAAGAAGUCAAAGGCGACCAUCAAGACCGUUCUUGCACCUCUCACCUUCCUGGCCGAAAAGGACGUCUUCAUCACCCUGUUCUUCGGUAGCGUCGUCUACACUGUCUGGUCCAUGGUCACAUCCUCGACCUCUUCCCUUUUCGAGUCUGCCUAUGGACUGAAUACAUUCCAGGUUGGGUUGACGUUUCUAGGUAAUGGCUUCGGGUGCAUGUCCGGCUCCUACACCAUCGGCUACUUGAUGGACUACAACCACAAGCGCACAGAGCGCGAAUACUGCCAGCAGCACAACCUCCCGACCGAAACCCGAAUCAAUUCCAAGUCUCAUCCCGACUUCCCCAUCGAAUACGCUCGCAUGCGCAACACCUGGUGGAUCACCGCCCUGUUCAUCGUGUGCACCGCCGUCUAUGGGGUCUCGCUGCGUACACAUCUCGCCGUUCCCAUUAUCCUGCAGUACAUUAUUGCCUACUGCGCCACUGCCAUCUUCACCAUCAAUAGUGCUCUGGUCAUUGACCUCUAUCCCGGAGCCAGUGCCAGUGCUACCGCUGUCAACAACCUGAUGCGAUGCCUGAUCGGUGCUGCUGGUGUUGCUGCUGUUCAGCCCAUUAUUGAUGCUCUUACUGCGGAGUGGGCGUUCGUCCUGCUUGCUGGUAUUACGUUUCACAUGGUCCCGCUACUGUUGAUCGAAAUGCGAUGGGGCGCUGGCUGGCGACUAGAACGCUCAGAGCGAAUGAAGCGCAAAGAGCAGUCGAUAUAA